AUUAGGAGUUUAGUUUUUCAAGAAAAUAUUUUAACACGGAUAGCUGUGCUCUACCCUGUUCCUAAAACAGUUUCUUUGAUCCAAAUGUAAGUCAUUUGAAUUCUUAGAUUUCUUACAGAAGAUUCAAUUAUGUAUGAUGCCUUCAGUAUUGGUUUUAUUACCACAGACGACUUCACAAAUGCUGAUACUCUAGAAGCAACCAAUCCAGCUGUGGCAAAAAGGUUAAAUGAUGAUUGGUUCAGUGAUCUUGCAAUUCCGAUUGUCACUGGUUUCCUGAGCUGGAGAUCUUCUGCAAUUACUACAUUAGGUAGGGGUGGCAGUGAUUUGACAGCGACAACCAUUGGGAAAGCGUUGGGCUUGCAAGAGAUUCAAGUAUGGAAGGAUGUUGACGGUGUCUUGACCUGUGAUCCUAAUAUAAACCCUCGUGCAGAACCUGUCCCCUAUUUGACGUUUAAAGAAGGAGCUGAACUUGCUUACUGUGGUGCUAAGGUCCUGCAUCCACUAUCCAUGAGACCAGUUAUGUAGGGUGAUAUUCCCGUCAAGGUUAAGAAUUCUUACAACCCUACUGCACCGAGAACUCUUAUCACAAGAGAUAGAGAUAUGAGUAAGCACUCGCCUGCUUGGUCUGUAUGGCUUCCUUGCAAAGUUCAGAAAGGGUGUAUUCUAGUUCCACACUUUGAAAUUGGGGCUAUUUUUAGUCUUUUUUGGUCCAUCUACUUUGAAAUUUCCAUCAUGUGCCAUAUAAGUAAAACAUAAUGAAUGGACUAAAAAGAGGACAAAUUU